CCAUGAGCUUAUGGAGCUGACUCUUGUAAACAAAACAAAACAAAAAAAUGUAGCUGGUGGAGGAGUGCCAGGUGUUACAUCAAUGAUGAGGCAUACCUGCUUGACACACCUGAGCGUCUCGGAGGUGAGCAGCGGGUCACGUGUUCAGCUGGAGCGCACAAAGAGCCUGAGCACGUGUCGGUGUGACGUUUGAGAGUGGAGCAGGAGGUGAUUUGCCCCGAGGACUUCACCUCAACCCGUUACGGGGACACGUGUGAAAUAAAAUUGUUGAAACACUUGUCGCUUGUUUUGCAAUUCAAGUCUUCAGUCAAACCACACCUCUACAAUUAGGAGCCGAACUCCUUUCUCUGUCUCUGGUGGGGCACGCACUGGUGUUUUUAAUUAAGCUUGGUUAGCAUCAAUUGGCUAAAUAAGGAUUGCAGCCAGCAAGGUGAUGAACGGAAUAAAGUAACGUUAGAGAGAUGCCAAGUCUCUGGGAAUAUUUCCAUUACUGCCCUCAAUAUUCUCACCUCAUAUUAAGAGCGAUUUUAUGUUUACAUGUUGUGGUGUACAACAAUUAUUAUUCUCAUUAACUUCCUGUUAGCAGCAUGCUGGGUGAAAAGUUUCAACGUUGAUCGAUCAUUAGCCUCCGUGACGUCAAGAGCGCGACAUGUGUUAGUUCACGCGAUAUUUCAUUCUCCAGACCAAUCCAACAUGGCGCCUUAGGGACGUUGUUAUUGUUCCGUCGCUUCUACAAGCUUUCGCCAGUACGACAAAAACCACGCAGGAAAACGGACGAGCGUGUUCGUGCGGGCAUGAGAGGAACAUUUGGAGAUAAUGCUCAGAUCCACCGGCUUCUUCCGAGGGAUUGACUGCCCGUUUUACGCGGAAUACAGCGAGGGCAAAGGCAGUAAAAAUGGGUGCAACAGACCGUACUGUCACUUCAGGCACAGCCAGCAGAGACGGCCGUCCUACGGAGCACCGGCAGAUGUUAAAAAGCAAAGAGACCUUCAGUCCACACAGAAAGAACAAGGUUAUGAUCCCUUCAACCCAGAAGUUGUGAGGCCCCAGGAUCAGCAGAAUGGAAAGCCAGGCGCCUCAGGAGACCUCAGCGGGGCUCUGGAGUUGGUUAACAAGGCCAUCGAAGAGGUCCGCAGCGAGGUGGAGAGGGAAAAGAGAAAGCUAUCACGGAUUGGGGAUGAACCGUACGAUCCCGGCAAGAGUACCAGCGUGUCUUCAUCUGAAGCUGUUAAGAGCAAAGCGCCACCUUCACACAUGGCCUAUGACCCUGGGAGUUAUCAGAUGACAUCUGGAGGUUAUAAUCCCACCCCUGGCUGCAGCAAGUAUACCUUGGAUUCAGAUAACCAAGGGAACAAUAGUAACUCCAUGGAAUAUGUUCCUACUUCAGUGAGGAAGCCUCCAUCUCGGACACACACACACCAACUCCCCUCUCCUCCCCCGAGUCCAAAGUACUCCAACAGCACAUCCUCCAAGUGUAAAUACACUGUGGACAAUUCUAGACCAUCUACAGAUAUGGAGUACGAUCCGCUGUCCAACUACUCGGCAGGAAUCGCAUCGAAAAGUAAGAGGAACAGGGGUGCUGUAAAGACAGAGGGAGCAAAGACACAAAAACUAUUAGACAUGUCCGACGAGGAGUGUGUUGUAGCGGCGAAAAAACCUUGGCAGCAGAGCGUAGACACAAAAAAGUACACUUUCUCAGACUCUGAUGGGGAAAGCUCUGGAACGGAGUAUCGACCCACUUCGCUCAGUAAUGUCCAGCAGAGAAAAGGCAACAGUGGGUCAGUUUGGGAAGCUGUGGGAAAGGAGAGAAAAGACAGAACUGAAACUACGGUAAAUGCACUGACACAGAGAAAUAAAGAGGACUUGGCAGAGGACUCAGACGUCCAGGAAGAUCUUAAACGAAAGGACAGCACAGAGAAAAGGAAAGUGACUAGUCGAGCUAGUCAUGACAAAAGUGGCAAAUCUGAGAAAGUGCACAAACUUGAAAAGGAAGUGAACAAAACAAUUGGUAGUAAGAGUAGUAGUAGCAGCAGUAAAGACAAAGGGUCGACCAAGAACUCGAAUCAGGACUCUGCAAAGAAGGAAAACAAGAGUCUUGGAAAAAGAGAUGAUAAGAAAAACAUGGUUAAGGUUAAAACAUCUGAUAAAGUUCAGAGGGAAGGCAGAGACGAAAAGAGACGGGAUGGUAAGAUCAAAGUUGUGGAAAAGGUAAAAACAGACUCAAGCAAACGAGAUAAAGAUACGGAAAAUGGUGCGAGGGAAAGCAAGAAACCCAAGAUAUCAGACAAGGAAAAGGAACUCGGCAAGUACCGGCAACACAAAAAUGGUAAAGUUGAUAGCAGUAAAAGAGAAAAGGAUGUAAAGAAAAUGAGUAAAAGCAGCUCCAGUAGCACAAGCAGUCAUAGUAACAGUAAAGGAAUUUCUUCAAACAGUACAGAUAAAGUGAAGCAAAACAUCAGCUCAUCAAAUGGGAAAAAGGUUGAGAGCAAACGGCGAAGUGCAAGUCUUAGCCACGCUGACCUGUUUGGGGACGAGAGCCCAGAGGAGGCAGAGCCGAUAGAGAUUGACGAUGACGACGAGGAACCAGAAGUGCUGGUGAGAAAAUCUGCUGAUGCUUUAAAGAGGGGACUUCAGCACAAGAGGAAAGCGUCAGAGCUGACUCCGUCUUCCUCUGAUGAUGAGGAUGACGGCGGCGCAACAAGUAAGGACGAGGUGGACGGUGUUGGAAUCGACUUUUCUAGUUUCCAGGACGAUCUGGACUUUGACUCAGAUCCUAUGGAGGAGUGUUUGCGAAUCUUCAACGAAUCAAAGGAUGUGAAGAGGGAAGACAAGGGAAGGCAAACUAAACAGCCCUCUAGGGAUUCAGAAGAGGAGAAAAGCACAGAGAGCACUUUAACAACUCUCUUCCCCGGGCAGAAGAAGAGAGUCUCACAUUUUGUUGCCAAAGGAAGUAAUGACGCACCUUCAAAAUCAGCGGUGCGGCCGUACAAGAGACCCUCGGCUCAGGAGGCCUGCUACCAUCGGAUGCAGAUGGCUCAGCAGCAAGCUGCUCAGCUCUCUGUUUCGGUCAAAGCUGCCUCAAUGAGCUCCAGCCAGAGUUUCUCUGGAGAAAGAAAGAGAAUAGCGCACCGUCCAAACCCACAGAUGACAUCCUCCAAAACAAGUCCUGCAGAUGUUAAACCAGCUGCCAGCCAAGUGUUGUCCCCCAGCCAGACCCAUCAGACUGUAAAAGCCCAAACCACCGCAGGCAUCUUGUCCAAGACAUCGUCCACGUUCGUGCAGAAGAGGGUGGCACACACUCCCACCAUGAAGAGCGCUUCAAUGAGGCGCCCUGUCAUCCCCACUGAGUUCGGGGCCAAAGUUCCUACCAACAUCCGCCAGCGCUACCUCAACACUUUCAUAGAUGAAUGUGUCAAAUUUUGCCCAUCAGAGGAGGUUGCCUUCCAUAUGGCUCUUGAUGAGGAAAAGCUGGUGUACGAGCGCAGUAGCAGUAAGAACAUCUACCUCAACGUAGCUGUCAACACCCUGAAGAAGCUCCGCAGCAAGAGCAGCUCCUCUCCGUCACCUGUCACCAAGAACCCGGGUUCAGCUGCUAAAAGGAAGGCCCAGUCCCAUGAAGAAGUCCUGGGGGGUCGUCUUGCUGCUACAACCAGCUUCACUGUCAACAGGAUGGGUAAACAGCAGGAGGAGAAACUCACUGGAGCCACACUGUACAGGAAGCUGAGGGCAUACCUGAUGACAGAGGAGCAGCUCCAGGAGCAUGGAUACCCGAGAUCAAACCCAGAGGCUCCAGGCAAAGCCAUCAUAUUCAACCUCCCAGAGAAGAAGGCUGUUACAGACCCGUUUAAUAAGAUAUGCUGUCGAUGUGGAGCCGAGUACAAGAUCAAUGUCAACGGUAGCUGUGUGCGGAAAGAGGAGUGUAACUUUCACUGGGGACGACUGCGCAGACAUAAAGUUGCUGGAGGCUGGGAGACAAACUACAGCUGCUGUGCUGCAGCUGUGGGCGCACCAGGCUGCUCAGUUUCCAAGCAACACGUUCAGGACGGGAGGAAAGAGUCACUAGAUGGCUACGUCACAACGUUCAGUAAAGCUCUCCCGCCUGAUGGCAACGGAGGCGUGUUUGCUUUGGACUGUGAGAUGUGUUACACGAAGCAGGGCCUGGAGCUGACGAGGGUGACAGUCAUCGACUCCGAGUUGAAAGUCAUCUACGACACGUUUGUCAAACCUGAAAGCAAAGUGGUUGAUUACAACACGCGAUUUUCAGGUGUGACGGAGGAGGACUUGGAAAACGCCACCAUCAGUCUGAGAGAUGUUCAGGCUGUGCUGCUCAGCAUGUUCAGCGCUGAAUCCAUCCUCAUAGGUCACAGUCUGGAGAGUGACCUGCUCGCUCUGAAGCUGAUCCACAGCACAGUCAUAGACACGGCCAUCGUGUUCCCUCACCGCCUCGGCUUGCCCUACAAACGUGCCUUGAGGAACUUGAUGGCUGACCACCUCAAACGCAUCAUCCAGGACAAUGUGGAGGGCCACGACUCGAGCGAAGAUGCGUCUGCUUGCAUGGAGCUGAUGGUCUGGAAGAUCAAGGAGGAUGCAAAGGUCAAAAGAUGACCUCUGACCCCUCUUCCCCACUUUCCUCAGUUCGACUUCCUGCCUUCAUGUUGGUUGCAGGGAGACUGGUUGCGGUUGAAACUGGAGGCCAUCACCUGCUGUCACAGCUUUAAAGUCAGAGUUUUGGGGGUGAAGAUGGUUCAGCACAGGUGAAGGUUUUCAGCAGAGACAUCGUGAGGAGAAGCCGACUGUUGUUGCUGCCUACUGGACUGAAUAAGUGAGCUGCCAGUCCCCUCAAAGCAAUAGGAGCCCAAAUUAACAGUGUUUUCAUUUGCUUAUUGGUAUUUCAGUUCUUGAUAAUGUUAGUUUAAAUGUAUUUCUGUUUUAUUUGAGGAGAAAAACCUUUCAAUAGAAGAACUACCUAAAAUGCCAGGGCAUUGUCCGCUGAACAAUGAUUAUUACUUUGAUAUUCAUGCAGGCUGCGUCUUCAGCCUAACUUGCACUAUAGAAACGCUCUUGUUGUACAGGGCCCAAGUCUGAGUACCUCAUCUGUGUUAUAAAGGAUUCACUUCUAAUGAACAACACGUUACUUAGUUACACUUAAGUGCAUUGAUGUCUUAGUCUGUCAAACAUAUUGCUUUGUAAAUGCACUUGUGUUUUUCACAUCGCACCUCGUUUUUCACUGAUGCUCUGUUUAUGGUGCGGCUCUCAGUGAGUCGUUAGUUGGCUCUGAAACCUGACUAGUCCUAUAAUACUUGAUCAUCUAAAACACCAUGUGCAGAAAUGUAAAGUCUCUGCUGCUACCUAUUUGCUAGUAUAGUUGAUGGAUUAUAUCACUGUAUUUUAUAGUUCAGACUGAAUACUGACUAUAUCCUCCACUGUCCCUGUGUCAUGUGUACUGCAUGAAAUACAACAACAGGAGUCAUUGUAAUAGUUCAGCCCUGUUGAAUUAGACCUGGGUUAUUAACUACAAACAUCAUCAUUUAGUGAGUUCCAGCUAACGUGCUGCUUUAUGUUGGACAUGACUGAAAAAAGUACUUGCGUGCUGUAAAUACGCUGUGAACAGCUUCCUUUUGUAUUUGUUCAUUUUGGUUGUUUAUCUUUUUCUAUUAAAAGGUGUCAAAUAAAACAAGUUCUCGCCAUC